AACGUUGCACAAUUUCUCUCUCUCUCCCUUUGCACACCGAACUAACUAACGAGAUCGGAACUAUUCCACGAGAAUAGAUCGAUCGAUCACGUUCAAUCCGGGUCUCUCGAUCGAUCGGUUAACCAAAACUAUCGAAACGAGAGACUUUAGACGUGUAUUUGUAUUUGCACCGAGGAAGAUUCUAUUAACGACAUAUACCGGAGAGCGGAGUGGAGUUUACCUUGAAUCUUGGGAUGAGGGGAGAGGGGAGGGGGAAUGACGGUUGCUCCAGGGUAGCUGGUAACCGCCCGGAUGGCGGGAAGAUACGUUGACGAGAAUUAUCAGUUUCCGGGAUUCUAGGGAGUGGAAUGUGAGAACAGAGGGGGGAGAGAGGAGGGGAGAGAGAGGAAGGUGGACACCAUAGCUGCGGAAAUAGGAGGGAAUUCGGUGUCCCAGACGCUGGACACAGCGGGAUCAAGGUCUCCAUACUGGCAGUGACGUCGAUGCACAUCUGCGCGCGAAUAUUCGCGUGGGCAUGGGACUUUCUUGUCGGUGGCACAUCGUAUCCAAUGCAACACACCGUGGGGAUAGAGGUGCGGGUAACCAACGAGGUUCUACCCAGCGCCACAGAGGAAACUGUGAUAAAAGAUGCGGCACCUCCUUGGACAACUAUGUCCGUCCUCAACAGUCGAACAACACCAACAACCCCCACAAACAACUAUCCCCAGUAUUUAUCUCCUCACGUGUUUCAAGGCCGGAAUUCUCUUGGCUGCACCAAUGAUUACACACUGCGUAGAAGACGUCCCAUGACACUUCGAAUUGGUCCACGUUUGAGUCUUCCAAAUAAGAGCACAUCGGCUCCAACAACUACGACAGAUGGGGAUUGGCCAGCAUUAGGGUAAGUGAUAUUUCUUGUCACUUUUAUC